AUUUGUUUAUCUUCGUGUGUAGAGUAGAAGUUGAAUUUUAAGAUUGUUACAGAUUCUUGUUAUUUUUAUUUUAAUAAAACUAAAGUUAUAUAGGUUCUAGUCUUUUUAUCAAUCAUGCCGGCUAUUAGUUCAACUCCUCCAGAAAACAUAUCGUUUAAAACUUUAUCCAAAAAUCUAAAAGCAGUAACUAAAAACCCCGAAGAUUUCUUAAGAGCACAACAUCUUACAUCUGAAAAAAUCCGCAAACUUCUCCAACACACUUAUGAUUUUACUACUGCAAAACAUUCAUCAAACAAAAAUGCCACUGAUUUCCUGCCAGAGCUUGUAGUGGAUGAUUUGGACGCAGAACAGAUCUGGCAACUUGUAGAAUUGAGAAACAAUGUCGUUUUCCCUCAAUUUCUUGAAAAUGCAUCUAAGAUUCUGUCCCUUAAAGAAGACAGAAUCCAAAUCAACUAUGUGUCCAACGGCGAGGAAGCCGAGGACUAUGGCAGCGAAGAGGAACAAGACAAUCCCGACGGAGACUCAGAUUUGGACAAAUCUAACGAGUCCGAAUUUGGGGAGGAGGAGCCUAGGCAGAGUAAAAAUAAAACCGAAAAGAAAGUUCGAAAAAAUGGAAAACCAUCAAUUGUUGAUGAUAAAUUCUUUAAGCUUAGUGAAAUGGAAGCGUUUUUAAAGGAAGAGGAUGAAAAGGAGCUAAACAAACAUAACAGCAACAAAGUGAAGGACGAUUUCAGCAUAAAUAUGUUCGAUAAAGGCCUAGAAAGUGAAGAAGAUGAAGAAAAUGUUUGCUACAAGGACUUUUUUGAUGAACAAGAUACAUCAGAUAGACAACUAUCUGAGGACAAUGAUGAAAACAGUGAUAACUCUGAAGAAGACGACGAUGAAAUCGAUGGAAAGUCUAACAACGAUGAAACUGAAGAAUUGGAUGAAAAGGAUCACAACAAUGAAGCAGAAGAAAGCGAUUCGAAUGAAAGUCAUAUUUCAGAAAAUGAAGAAUUUGAUAAUAGUGUCUCAGAAACAAACAAAGAAAAGCUGGUAAAGUCGUCAUUUGAAGACCGUCAAGAACGCCUUAACCAGCGCAUUCGAGAUUAUGAACAGGAAAUUCUGGGAGAAAAACCCUGGCAGUUAAAGGGAGAAAUUAAUGCCACAAAUCGACCUCAAAAUUCUUUGCUGGAAGAAAUUCUAGAAUUCGAAGCGACAAGCAGACCUGCUCCCAUUAUCACCGAAGAAACUACCCUACGAUUAGAGGAUAUAGUUCGUCAAAGGAUCAAAGACCAGGUUUGGGAUGAUGUUGAGCUCAAAAUCAAACCUUUGAACACACCUCAGGAAUACCGAAAGCAAUUGGUUUUGGACCAAGAAAAAAGUAAAGAAUCGUUAGCUCACAUUUAUGAGAAACAAUACCAAAACGAAAUUGAAAAACUUGAUCCAAAUGCUGCGGAAGCAAGAGAAGAAGAAGAACCUAAAGCACAUACAGAAAUAAAACAAAUGAUGAAUUCACUCUUCAUUAAGCUAGAUGCCCUGUCUAACUUCCACUUCACACCGAAGCCGGUAGCACCAGAACCGAAGAUCUUGACAAACACACCAGCUGUAAAUAUAGAAGAAGUUGCACCAGUUGCUGUUAGCAGUGCUAAGUUGCUUGCGCCAGAAGAAAUUAGAAAACGCGCCAAGGGCGAAAUUCUCGGCAGCAACGAACGCAACAAAACCGAUAAGAAUCGUGAUAGGAGGCAUAAAAAGCUCAAGCAAAAAGCCAUACAUAAAGCUCUGGAGGAGAAGAACAUUCAAAAGCAGAAGUUAGGUAUAAAGAUUAGCAAGAAAGACGAGACAACUCAAAUGACCAAUCAAUUAACAAAACGCAGAAACGUUGAAAAGAUUUCUACUUCUCAAGACAAUGGUACAAUGAAAUCCUCGAAGGCAUUCUUUAACAAAUUAAAUGAAACAACGACUUUGCAAAAGAAUAAUAAAAAGAAGACGAAACCCGACACUUCUUCUCUUUCAGCAAAGAAACUUAAGUUGUAAUUAUUUAAAUAGGUAUAUACAAAGGUUCAUCAUCUAACAUUUGCUUGUACAAAUAUUUGUAUUAAUAAAAAGUUGUUAAAAGAUUGAAAACUAA